AUGGCAGGCAGCUCACAGCUUUCUAAGCAAGACAAUCAAGGUGACUACAAUAGGUCACCCACCACCGCCACCGCCACUGAUACCGACCUUAUCAACAAACUACCAUCAUGGGGCAUGCCAGCGUACCUCGCCACCUCGCCAUGCACUCGACAAGCAAUCCUACAAACAUGGAUGAGCAGAGAACGAGCUCGUCAAGGCGUACAAUCAUCACUCCCAACCACAUCCGCAUGGGACAAGUUGAAAUUCUACAGCGAGGAAUUGACAGAUGGUGAAGAAGAAUGGGAAUCCACUUCGCUCUCACCUUGGUACGCAAGAAUGUUCGAUGAAUACAUUAAAGCUCUUACCCAUAACCAUGACCAUGACUUUACCAAGGCCAACGUCAACGCCAACGCCAACCUUGAUCUUGAUGAGGAUCAGGUUGAGUUCAAAUUUGGAUUGAUCGAUGAAAGGGGAUUACAAAUGUCAAGGGAAGAUCCAGAUAUAUCAAAAAGUAGAAAAGAAGCUCAAAAGUAUUGGAAUGAAUGUGCACAACAAGGUUUGGUAAAAGGGGGAUUUGGAUCUUCAAUGGCUAGAGGUAUAUCAGCUUUGAGUGACGGGACUACUGUUAUUGGUGAGGGUGAGGGAGAGGGAGAGAAUGAUUUUGAUCCUGAGGCGAAAUGCGAUAUGGAGGAAUAUCAUAAGAUGAGAACUGGAUUCAAAGAUUGGUUUUUGAACAACGGAAAUAACAGGAGUACAAUUUCAGAAUAA